AUGUGCAGGUUCUUACUCUUUGUAAUGUUUUUGAGUUUGCUGGUCACUAUUAUCAUCUCAAAGACACCCCAGCAAAUCGUUGCAAAAUGCAGCAAUUAUAAAGCAAUCUGUACUGGACUUGGAUAUACAGAUAAAACAUGCCAAAACAAAGGUGCUGUUGCAUUCCAAGCAAUUCUCAUCAAGGAUAUUUCAAAUCUUGGGAUAGAAAAGCCUGUUAUAUUUGAGAAGGUGACUCUAAAUGAAGGAUCGGGUUAUGACGGUAAAACGGGAAAAUUCACAGCUCCACAAGAUGGUGUGUACUCUUUCAGCUGGAAUGUGUUGGUUUCAUCUGGGAAAGCUUUUUAUACAGAGAUUGUCAAAGAUGGUGUUCUGGUGGCCCGAAACUACGCCGACGGGAAUAUAGUUAAGAGUACAUAUUUUCUCACAAGUUCAUCUACAGUUAAUAUCAAAAUGAACUACAAAGAGAAAGUGUGGAUUAGAGCCCAGGGAAAUAAUGGCCAAUUUUCGCAUGGAAAUUACUGGUCUUACUUUUCUGGUUUCAAAAUAAAUUGA